GGCCUGAAGAAGUUCAGCGACUGGCCCACCUACCCCCAGGUGUACGCAAAUGGCGAGCUCGUGGGCGGGCUGGACAUCAUUCGCGAGCUGGUGGCCUCUGGCGAGCUGGCCGACAUGCUGCCGAUCCGCGCGGCCACCCCGGCCCCUGCGGCCCCCACGCCUGCCGCUGCGGCCCCGGGCCAGACUUUGGAGGAUCGUCUGCGCGCGCUCAUCACGCGUGAGCCCAUCAUGCUCUUCAUGAAGGGCAACCCGGCGCAGCCGCGCUGUGGCUUCAGUCGCCAGAUC